AUGCAGAAAGAGGAUAGCGCUUUGCGACAGUCAAGCGUUACUACAAUGAUUCCCAAAUCCAGAAGUGCCCAAAUCUCAAACGAGGGCUUCAGACUACAGUCAGGCUUACAAUAUUUCCAGAAUAAUGCACAAAUGAAUUAUUGCCAAUGCAGAAAUGGAAUGGGUAUAUUUGAACGUUCUGUAGAGGACCAGGGUUCAGAUGUUUGGUAUUCAGAUACUUCAGAAGAGGAGAAAAGUGAUAUGGAAGAAGAGUUUGAUUUAUCAGGAGAUGGUGGGAAUGAGGGACGGUUUGCACAAAAAACUGCCCCUGAAGUAUUGGGUAAUGAAAUUGGCAAUGUUUCUCAGCAGUUAGACGGUGAUAACAAGAAUGGACGGCUUAGCAUUUCACCGUCCGCGAAUUGCAGCAACAUGAGGGGAAUUAGAAAACAACAACUUUGCACACGUUGUGGCAAAGUUAAGACAGGUAUGUCACCUUCUAGAGGUGGUUUUGAUCCAGAUGAUAUCUCAUUCAACAGACCGCGGACAAACAGCAUUAUCUUACAACUUUCCAGGGAAACAACCCGACAAAGUUUCCUAGAUAGUACCAACGCGGGGCUUGCUACUUCCAGUGAUGGGAUGAACCAAGAAGAAUCUAGCUGUCGCCUCAGAACACGAUCUUCCUUCAUAGCAAUACCGACGCACAUUUAUAGUUUGGAGAAAUAUGUUGGUACGGAAUUAGACUCUGCGGCAGAGUCCUUCUUUGAUAAAGAUGUCAAGCUAUCCGCAUCUUCACCAAUAGGGGGCCAGAGUAGCAUUGCUUCUCCUACCUACCCGAGCUGCUCAUCGAUAAGUUCGCAUUCAAACGUUAACGACAAACUUUCCCCACCUCCCCUCUUUUUAGAAAAGAGGAAGCGAAGGAAAUCCCACAUUGAAUUGUCACUAUCAGUGUCAUUUCAAUCAUAA